AUGGGUGACGCACUGUCUCAUUCAGCCUUACCAGGUGUUGCUAUAGGAUAUGCAAUUGCAGGACUUUCUUUACCUGCAAUGAGCUUAGGAGGUUUUAUUGCAGGCCUCACGGUUGCUCUUCUUGCAGGGGCAACUUCAAGAUCUACCCUUCUAAAAGAAGAUGCCACUUUCGUAGGUUUUUAUCUUGUGGCCCUGGCAUUAGGGGUUGUGAUCAUUUCCCUAAAAGGAACCAAAGUCGAUCUCAUGCACAUCCUCUUAGGAUCUAUUUUGGCCAUCAACUCUAUGUCUCUUCUCCUUGUUUCCAGUGUUGCAACCGUAUCCUUGGUCAUUUUAGCGCUUAUUUAUCGCCCUCUGAUUCUCGAAUGCUUUGAUUCAGGUUUUAUGCACAGCAUCAAUGGACGAGGAAGCUUUUACCAUCUGAUCUUUGUUCUCCUGGUUGUUGCAAACAUGGUUGCAGCGCUUCACGCAAUGGGCACACUGAUGGCCUUAG